ACGCCAAGCGUUGAUGUCGGCUGCCGUUAUGACCAAUAAGUAACGGGAUCAUGGUGGGCCAGCUGGGUAAUACUGACCAAUCAGAGCUCGUUCCAACUACCCCGGAUUGCUCUUGCCAGUUGCCGAGGCUAUUGCCCCACUGACGUACCGGCUGACAGUGAAUGUCCGAAGGGCUUGGGAGGUGCAGACAAACAGAUUUCAAAUUACACCCAGACCUUUACUUUUACUUGAUAAUCAAAUUUACACGAUUGAGGCAGAAUCGGGUCAACAACCACCUUUACACCUCUUUGGCACAGAUUUUAUCCACCAACCACUCGAUCUGUUCUACGUUCUCGAGGAGAACCGCGUUUCUUAUAGCGGAAAUUUCAAGUGCGGUACUCGACUGCUGCCACUAUUAUUACGCUCGGGCAAUGGUGUUCCCUUUCCAGAUAAGAGAGCAUGUAAUUCCCAGUCAGCAUGUCAGGGAGUAUGCUCAGGCAACGGCCAACUCACAGGAGGACAUACUGUACAUCUCAGUCAAGCAGUACAUCCCGAUAGAUAAUGCCAACCCACAGCCUGGCGACGUGACCAUUAUUGGGGCCCAUGCCAACGGGUUCCCCAAGGAACUGUACGAGCCGCUUUGGGCGGAAUUGCACACUGCUGCCAAGAAGCACAGCUUUCGCAUCCGUGGAAUAUGGAUCGCUGAUGUAUCGAAUCAGGGUCACAGCGGCAUUCUGAACGAGAAGACGAUGGGCAAUGAUCCGAGCUGGCACGACCAUGCGCGCGACAUAUUGCACAUGACGAAUGUCUUCAGGGGAGAAAUGCCCCGACCCAUUAUUGGGGUCGGACACUCGUUCGGGGCUAACAUUCUCACCCACUUGACCCUGUUUCAUCCACGGCUGCUAAGCACCCUCGUCCUCUUCGAUCCCACCAUAACCAAGUUCAGCUUCGACAAUGUCGGCCCUGGCAUUAGUCCGGCUCGGGGUUCGGCUUUUCGACGUGAUUUAUGGCCCUCGAGGGAGGCGGCCGCGGAGGCGUUCAAGCGCUCUCCCUUCUACCAGACAUGGGAUCCUCGAGUGCUCGAAGCGUGGAUUACUCACGGGUUGCGGACAACACCGACGGUCGUGUUUCCUAAUGAGAAAGGCAGCCUUACGCUUGCCACGACUCGACAUCAAGAACUCUUCACCUUCUUCCGGCCACUGUGGCCAUACUUGAAGGAAGAUGGGACGGUAGACCAGCUCAGAGCGCCGGACUUCGACCCUAAUUACCACGACCAGCCCAAUCCUAGAAACCCCUUUCCCUUCUAUCGCUCAGAAGGAUCAACGGUGCUCCGUCGACUGGCCGAGGUCAGGCCCUCUGUCUUUUGGGUCUUUGGCGGAACAAGCGAUCUCAGUACGCCCGAGGCCCGCAGGAUGAAGUUAGAGGCGUGUGGCACCGGCCCCAAUGGCAGUGGAGGCAUCAAGACGGGCCGCGUGGGACACGUCGUCAUGGAGGGCAGGGGACACCUGUUUCCCAUGGAGAUUCCUGAACUCUGUGCGGAACAUGCCGCGGAAUGGAUUGACAAGGAGAUGCAACGGUUUAGGAAGGAACAGAGGGAGUAUGAUGAGUGGACCAAAUUACCUUUAAUUGAGAAGACAACCAUGAGUGAGGAAUUUUUAGACAAGGUUGGGGGACUAGGUCCCAGAGCCGCCAAGAAACCGGCGGUUGGGCAGUCAAAGCUAUGAUGUUGUUAUGCAUUUUCUAGACUACUUAAGCGAAGCAUGCUUUGGUUCGCUAAGCAGAUGUUGUGCUGUGUUGUAAAGGGAUGAGAUACG